CGAGUUUGAGCAGCAGCUGGGUGGGCACCAUGGGGGAAUCACCACCAUCGAGGCAAAGAAGCACAAGAUCCAGAUUCUGCAGCAGCAGGCCGAUGAUGCCAAGGAAAGAGCUGAGCGGCUGCAGCGGGAAGUGGAGGGGGAAAGGCGGGCCCGGGAACAGGCUGAGGCUGAGGUGGCCUCCUUGAACCGUAGGAUUUAGCUGGUCGAAGAGGAGCUCAGGAGCGGGCUCAGGAGCGCCUGGCCACUGCCCUGCAAAAGCUGGAAGAAGCAGAAAAAGCUGCUAAUGAGAAUGAGAGAGAUAUGAAGGUCAUUGAAAACCGGGCCUUAAAAAUUGAAGAAAAGAUGGAACUCCAGGAAAUCCAACUCAAAGAAGCUAAGCACAUUGCAGAAGAGGCAGAUAGGAAAUAUGAAGAGGUGGCUCGUAAGUUGGUGAUUAUUGAAGGAGACCUGGAACACACAGCUGAGCUGGCAGAAUCCCAUUGCCGAAAGAUGGAUGAGCAGAUCAGACUGAUGGACCAGAACCGGAAGUGUCUGAGUGCUGCUGAAGAAAACUACUCUCAAAAAGAAGACAAAUACGAAAAAGAGAUCAUGGUUCUUAUUGAUAAACUCAAGGAGGCAGAGACCUGUGCUGAGUUUGCUGAGAGAUCGGUAGCCAAGCUGGAAAAGACAAUCGAUGAUUUGGAAGAUAAACUGAAAUGCACCAAAGAGGAGCACCUCUGUACACAAAGGAUGCUGGACCAGACUCUGCUGGGCCUGAAUGAGAUGUAGAGCACCCCAGGCCUACCCUGCCACUGAUCCUCCCUCUGACCCCCAACUCCGCCUGAGGCCAGCCUGCCCAAAGCUGACCUUUAACCUGAGGG